AUGCCGUCGCCCGAUCCUGAGAAACCCAAGAAGCCUCCCCGCAAACACGUCACCACCGCCUGCGUGCCGUGUCGGGAGAGCAAAAUCAGAUGCGACGGAGCGACGCCGAACUGCCAGAAUUGCCUGCGCAAGGGGAAAGAGUGCAAAUACCAGCAUGGCGAUGACAAGCGCAAGGUGUCUCUGCGCGCAGCUACGGAGCUUUUUUCUGCUCGCGUCGAUCAGCUUUGUCGAUUUAUUUAUGACCAGGGCCUUCAGCCUCCGCCUAUGAGGCCUGAAGAUGAGGCCGGUAUGAAUAGGGUCCUAGAUACCCUUCAAAUCCCUCGUGGGGUUAAUAGAGAUGCAGCCGCUGGUCAGGAGUCGGGAAAUAUUCCCCUCGCGGAGUCCGGCACAUCGCCUGUUCAAAAUCCAACUACAGAGGCCCAGAUUCCAUCUGCCCCUGCGACAGGGACAUCAACACCAGAGGAAAUUGCUCCGCACCCACAGUUGGCGUCAGUCGAACCUUGGAACCCAUUCGGAAUGACUCAAGGGCCAUCGGACAACCAGAGCUUUGUCCACUGGGGCUUCACUCUUCCAACCGCUGAAAGCUUAGAUACCAUUUAUGCAAAUAUGAAUAAUGGCCCCGACCUGCCAAUCAAUACAGAGCUGGGUCCAGAGAGCUAUCCACUCGGUAUGGACAUGGCUCCGCAGCCGGGAGUCUUGCUCGGCCAGACCCAGAACGAAAAAGACACCGAGUCUGACAGCGGAGAAGAAGACGAUGCCGAGAACGACGUGAUCGAGCAGCUGUCACAUCGCAUUGGCACAUUGAAAAUCGCAGGAGACGGUCAUCUACGCUUCUACGGCGCAACAUCCAAUCUCAACCUCGUUGAUGUGUCGGCAACUCAGCAACGACAACGUCCGGAUGCGCGCACCGUGCGUCAUGACGGUCAGGAUAUUCUCAACCAUCUUCGGGUCGGCCAGCCCGUAGAUCAAGCCUUGGAAGACCACCUGGUCGAGCUUUACUUUACAUGGCAAAAUCCCAGCAUUUACGUGGUCGACAAGGAAAUGUACAUGACCUCCCGCUCCAAGUGGCGCAAUGAAUAUGAUGAUACGCCGUUCUACUCAGAAGUUCUGACCAACGCUAUGUGCGCCAUUGGAAGUGCGUUUGAAGCCCGGUAUCAUCCGACAUUCAUUACAUUUCCCAAAUCCUUGGCGGAGUUCUUUGCGGACCGGGCUAAGGCGCUUCUGGAGAUUGAACUUGAUUCUCCCUGUGUUGCCACAGUCCAGGCACUGGUUAUAUUGAGCUGUCACGAAGGAGCAUCGAACCGUGAUGCGCGAGGUUGGCUUUAUAGUGGGAUGUCCAUGCGACUCGCUUUCGAUCUCGGGCUACAUCUUGACAUGACUCCAUACGUCAAUCAGGGCCAAAUGAGUCCCUCGGAAGCCGAAGUCCGUCGCGCAGCCUUCUGGGGAAGUUAUGUCGCAGACCAUUUCUGGGGCUUCUAUCUCGGACGUCCGUUCCGCAUGAAUGCAGGGGACAUCACUGUUCCAAAACCAGCUUUCGCUCUUAGUGGUGAGAGGGAGGGAACAUGGCAUCCCUAUGGCCUGCAAAAUUCCUCGGAGACUCGCCAGAGAGAAGGCUUGAAGAACCCGCUGGAGUUGAUUUGUAGACAGUUUGUUGUGCUGUGGGAAAUGAUUUCUCCGGCUGGACAUAUUCUGUACGGUUGUUCUGACAUCUCCCGGCAUGAUUUGCAGAGACUGUGCUACCAGGUCACUGAGGAUCUUUUUGCCUGGAAGGCUAAUCUGCCCUCCAAUCUUGAGAUUGACCUGGAUGAUGAUACGACGCCGAAACUGCCCCAUCUUCUCAUGCUGCACAUGCAAUACCACCAAAUAGUCAUCUUCUUCCACCGCCCAUGGUUAUCAAAGAGCUACAUCCAGCCACGCGCUCCUCGUCAAGGGCCAGGUUAUCACCACGCACGCCGAAUGUGCGUCGAAUCCGCCACCGCCGUAGCACGACUUCUCCACAUCUACGAAAAACAUUACACCUUCCGCCGCAUGAACAACCAAGUCGUGGCAAUAAUCUUCAGCGCAGCCCUAAUGCUCCUAUUCGUUACUCUAUCCAACUCUAGUUCGCCAUCAGCACCGGGAAAAUCAGGCAACAGUCCAAACAGACACCCGCCCAACGCCGAAAUGGUCGCAUAUCUGAAUCUCUGCUUCCGCGCCCUCGAUGAACUCGGCCAAUCGUUUGAGAAUGCGAAACGCACGCGUGACUACCUUGUCACCCUCCAGCGCCGCUGGCAGGCACAUCUGCAUCGAUCAGGAUCGGCGACGAAGCGACAGAUCAGCAGUGCGAAUCUGCAGUCGCUGCAACAGCAACAACAAAAGCAGCAGCAGCAGCAACCGGCCUCUUCCUCACAGACCAAUCGGAAUGCACAGGGACCGGAAGGCGCUCGGAAGAAAUCCCGCCUUGCCAAUGCGGACGCGCAAGGUGUCACUUCUCGCUCGCAGGGCACUCUUAAUAAUAAUAAGAAUAACUAUCCCGAUUUCGCAGCAGGGUCAGGGAUCCCUCCAUCAUCGUCCAAUGUCAAUGCCCCAUUCGAUCCAUCCUCGUCAUUACCUUCCCACCACCAGUUCCCUGCAGCACCUUCUCAGGCAGGUGACUUCGACUGGAUUCGGAACUCGGAUUUGCAUCUUCUUUCCGAGAAUAUUGGCACUGGCGGUAACAGCAACGGAGCGGGACAUCUGUCUUCUCCCCCGUUUGAGAACGAUGGCACGAUUCCUGAUUUGGGGGAUAUGUCUGAGCCUUGGUGGGCUUCUAAUGCAAAUUCUGGGUUUGGGGGUUCAUAA